AUGUCGGAUCCAUACCAUCUCGUAUCUAAGAGCUGCUUCCACCGCCGCAUCAAGCUCGAUACCGCAUAUGGACCGCUCAACAUCACUUUCGCCGACAUUGGAUGCCAAACGGGUCCCGCAGUACUUUUCAUGCCGGGUAUGUUCGCUUCACGCUAUCUCGGCAUCCCAUUGCAUGUAAUUGCAGAACGUGCUGGUGUGCGCCUGCUCGUUGUUGAUCGGCCAGGCAUGGGCGCAUCGACCGACGUCCCGCUCGCUCAACGCGUUGUCACAUGGACGAACAUGCUGCCGCAUUUCCUAGCGUAUCUCGGAAUUCCACGCGUGAGCCUUGUUGCACAUAGUGCUGGCACUAUCUAUCUGCUCAAUACAUGGGCGCAGUGUCGUGACUAUAUCAACCCGGUCAUGGCAGUAAUAGGUAUUAGUCCUGGUCCAGGAGCCCUCCUCUCCUCCCCCUUUACCUUUUGCUCAUUCUUAUUUCAACUUAUUUUAGCUCCUUGGGUUGACCCAACACACUCGCGCGUGAAAGUGAUGCAAAUGGUACAGUAUGUGCCAACAAAGGCAUUCGCAUUCUGGAAUAAAAUCCCACGCUUCUUUGUGACUCGAGCUAGCCCUGUGUUAUCAGCCAGUGGUGCCUUCAUUCGUCACAUGUCACCUUCUGGUAGUAGUGAUUCAAAUGAAGUGGCGGAGGACCUUUCGUUCUUAAAUGAUAACUGGCGUCGAGUCGAACGUGACUAUGGCGUACCUUUCCUAGAGCAGAAGGAACUCGCCCAACUUGCUAUUCGUUCUAUGCACACCGAGAACACAGUCGGUGCCAAUAGCGAGGCUAUACAAGUUUUACGCAAAGAUGGCGGUAGUAGCUGGGGAGUCUGCUCAGACUAUGCAGAAUGCGCGCAAGCUCUAGCGACCAACCGAUUUACCCUCCAUGCGUAUUUUGCCGCGACGGACGCUCUGGUGGGGAAGCAUGGUCAGAAAUAUUUCGAAGAGUGUUGGCAGGCACCUGGUGUCGAGGCGAUUGAUUUUGUCUCCACAACAAUUGAAGGAUCAGAUCAUGAUACCGUAGCGCAGUCGGUGGAAGCCUGGGAGGAUAUAUUCUCCUUUUUGAAAGUUCCGUUGGCCACGGAAACUUCUCCAGAUGCAGGGCAUCAGACAUAA